AACGUGCACACGCCGCGGGUGCGGGUGGACCCCGACGGCCGCUGCGCCGUCAUGCUGAUCUACGGCACGCGCCUGGUGGUGCUGCCCUUCCGCCGCGACUCGCUGGCCGACGAGCACGAGGGGCUGGUGGGAGAGGGGCAGAAGUCGAGUUUCCUGCCCAGCUACAUCAUCGACGUGCGGGAGCUGGACGAGAAACUGCUCAACAUCAUCGACAUGCAGUUCCUGCACGGCUACUACGAGCCCACCCUCCUCAUCCUCUUCGAGCCCAACCAGACCUGGGGGGGGCGCGUGGCGGUGCGACAGGACACCUGCAGCAUCGUGGCCAUCUCGCUGAACAUCCUGCAGCGCGUACACCCGGUCAUCUGGUCACUGAGCUCACUGCCCUUCGACUGUACCCAGGCUCUGCCUGUACCCAAACCCAUCGGUGGCGUGGUGAUCUUCGCGGUGAACUCCCUGCUGUACCUGAACCAGAGCGUACCCCCGUACGGGGUGGCCCUCAACAGCCUCACCUGCGGCACCACCGUCUUCCCGCUGCGUGGGUGGGAGGGGGUGAGGAUGACUCUGGACUGUGCCCAGGCCACCUUCAUCUCCUACGACAAGAUGGUCAUUUCCCUCAAGGGGGGCGAGAUUUACGUGCUGACGCUGAUCACGGACGGGAUGCGCUCCGUGCGCUCCUUCCACUUCGACAAAGCCGCCGCCUCCGUCCUCACCACCUGUAUGGUUCCCCUGGAGCCCGGUUACCUGUUCCUGGGGUCCCGCCUGGGCAACUCCCUCCUGCUCAGGUACACCGAGAAACUGCAGGAACCCCCGGCCGGCACCGCCAGGGAGGGGCCUGACAGACAGGAGGAGCCCCCGGUGAAGAAAAAGCGCUCGGAGCCAUCGGGGCCAUGGGCAGGGGGGAAGCCGCAGGCGCAGGACGAGGUUGACGAGAUCGAGGUUUACGGCAGCGAGGCGGCGUCAGGGACACAGCUGGCCACCUACUCCUUCGAGGUGUGUGACAGCAUCCUCAACAUCGGGCCCUGCGCCAACGCGGCCAUGGGGGAGCCGGCCUUCCUGUCUGAGGAGUUCCAGAACAGCCCCGAGCCCGACCUGGAGAUCGUCCUGUGCUCGGGGUACGGCAAGAACGGGGCACUGACCGUGCUGCAGCGCAGCAUCCGGCCGCAGGUUGUCACCACGUUUGAGCUGCCCGGCUGUUACGACAUGUGGACGGUCACCGCGCCCCCGCCGCGCCAGCAGCCGGAGGUGGCCCCAGGGAGCAGCGCGGAGCCCGAGGCGGCGGCGGCGGCUCCGGAAAGUUCCGAGGAGGACGGGGAACGUCACGGCUUCCUGAUCCUGAGCCGGGAGGAUUCCACCAUGAUCCUGCAGACGGGACAGGAGAUCCUGGAGCUCGACACGAGCGGUUUCGCCACCCAGGGCCCGACGGUGUUCGCCGGGAACCUGGGCCAGGGAAACUUCAUCGUGCAGGUGUCACCUCUGGGGCUGCGGCUGCUGCAGGGCGUGACCCAGCUGCACUUUGUCCCGGUGGAUCUGGGCUCUCCCAUCGUUCACUGCGCCGUGGCCGAUCCCUUUGGGGUCCUGCUCAGCGCCGAUGGUCACCUGGCCACCUUCAGCCUCAAGGGGGACACCUACGGCGGCCGCGCCCCGCGCCUGGCCCUGCUGCGGCCACCCGUGUCACACCAAUCGCGGGUGACGGCGCUGUGCCUGUACCGGGACCUUUCCGGAAUGUUCACCACCGAGAGCCGCGCCCCCCGCGAGGAGCCCCCGCCCCGCCCCCACGCCGAGGCCGAGACCCUCAUCCAGGACCUCAGUGACUCGGUUGACGAUGAGGAGGAGAUGCUCUACGGGGACUCGGGGGGCUCCGGCCGUUCCCCCCCCCGGGAGGAGCCGCGGCGCCCGGGACCCCCCGAGCGGGAAACAACCGCACUGAGCCCGGAACCAUCGCACUGGUGUGUGCUGGCCAGGGAGAACGGCAACAUGGAGAUCUACCAGCUGCCGGAGUGGCGCCUGGUGUUCCUGGUGAAGAGUUUUCCGGUGGGACAGCGCGUGCUGGUGGAUUCCUCCUUCGGACAACCCCCGGCCGAGCCGCGCAAGGAGGAGCGCGGGGAGCGGGAGCUGCCGCCUGUGCGGGAACUGCUGCUGGUGGGGCUGGGCCGCGCCAACAGCCGCCCCUUCCUGUUGGUGCACGUGGAGCAGGAGCUGCUCCUGUACGAGGCCUUUGCCCACGACUCCCAGCUGGGCCAGAGCAACCUCAAGGUUCGGUUCCGCAAGGUGUUCAUCUGCGGCCCGUCCCCGCACUGGCUGUUGCUCACAGGUCGGGGGGCUCUGCGCCUGCACCCCAUGGCCAUCGACGGCCCCGUGGAGUCCUUCGCACCUUUCCACAACGUCAACUGCCCCAAGGGCUUCCUGUACUUCAACCGGCAG